AUGUUGUCUAUUAUUGAGAAUCAUAGUGAAAAUGAUGAUGUAGAAAAUAAAAGUGACAUGCCUAUUGUAAAUGAUAAUGUGGAAAAUAAAGAGGAUAAUAAUAAUGCUGAGCAAACAAACUCAUUUAAAAAUUUACUUAACAUAUUUGAUCCAAGAAAUUGGGAUGCUCUUGAUCCAAAAAUGAUUGAUUUAUUAGUGAUGAAGGGUCCAAAAAGAGAUUGUUCUAUUAUGGCUGGUCCUAAAGAUAAUGUGAAAGGAUUGACUCCGAAAUCAUUGUCAUCCACUCGUUGGGAGAGUCGUGUAGAAAGUGUUAAAGCUAUAAGAUCUCAAAUGUCAGAUUUUAGAGAAUCUUUACUUGAAGUAUCGGAAAAGGAUGAACUUGAUUCUAAAAUCAGAAGUGAAACAAAAUCCUUAGCAAUAAAUGAACUUGGUGAUUUUGAGUUUUUAAUAGCAAUUAUUAUUUGGUUUGAAAUCUUAUCUGCAAUUAAUUUGGUUAGUAAGCUUUUACAAUCAAAGGAUAUGUUUAUUGAUAUUGCUAUGGACAAAAUAAAAGGGUUAAUUUCCUUUUUCGUGGGAUAUAGAGAAACAGGUUUUUAUAACGCCUUGGCUAAUGCUAAGGAAAUUGCUAUUGAAAUGAAUAUCGAUCCAGUAUUUCCUCAAAGGCGCACAAUUCGAAGAAAAAGACAAUUUGAUGAAAAUUUAAAUAUUCCAUCUGUUGAGUUAUCUGGAGAGGAAUCUUUUAGAAUUAAUUAUUUUCUUUACCUUGUUGAUCAAGCCAUUGCUUCUCAUACUAAGAGAUUUGAACAAUAUCAAGAGUAUGAAAAUAUUUUUGGUUUCUUGUUUACUUCUGACAAGUUACAAUCAUUAGACAAUGCAAAUUUAAAGUCUUGUUGUUGUCAUUUUGAAAAUGCAUUGAAACAUAAUGAACAAUCUGAUAUUGAUGGGAAUGAAUUAUGUGUGGAGUUGAAGCUAUUAAGGCAAAUAUUGCCUAGAGAGAAAAUGAGAGCUAUCGACAUAUUAAAGUUUUUGAAAGGCGUAGAUUGUUUUCCUAAUACAAUUAUUGCAUAUAGGAUUUUGUUGACUAUUCCUGUGACAGUUGUUUCUGCAGAAAGAAGUUUUUCAAAGUUAAAGUUGUUGAAGUCCUACUUGCGGUCUACCAUGUUACAAGAAAGGCUUAAUGGAUUAGCAUCGAUAGCGAUUGAAAAUGAGGUUUUGGAGACGAUAAAAUAUGAAGAGUUUGUUGAUGAAUUUGCUUCAAAAAGCGUUCGAAUGAUAGCCCUUUUUAAAUAG